GCCGGAUGGUCAACCUCAAGCUUCUCAAAAAGUAUGCUGGCCAGCAACAACCCGAUAAGCUCCCAGCUCAUCAUUUCAACAGCAGAUAGAUGUCGAGGGGCAAUGGGGCCAUAUUGGGUGUCGUGGUAGGUGUGAGGUCCUCAGAUGUCAGAAUGUAUCUUGGAGGGGUAUACUUGACUUCAACAAAGGCCUCAGACCGAUAUGCCCCAGGAAGCUUAUCUCUCAACCAAGGCCAGCUACCCAUCACGGUAGGAGCAAUCCUAUGAAGCGGAACGAGAUGGGACCGAAAGAGCGGUGCGUGCCGCGGCUGGCAAAUCGUUGUGACGAGAGAGGUAUUCGUAACUGAGUCCGUAUGGCCCACCGGGCUUUAAGACACCGAAUGUAAAGUCGAGAACCCGUUUGAUGGCCAAACAGUGAAAUACCGGGUGGGGCUUACGCGCUUCGACCGACAUGGGGUGUGGGAUGUUGGAAACAGUCGGCAUCGGCUCCGACACCGUCAACCUGAAGAGGAAACGGGGUUGUCCAAGCGGCCCGUUCUACGGGAGCACCCCGCCCAUGGAGGAGCUGUUGAAUCCCAAGUGCGGGGGAAUUUGCACACCGAGCUUCGGCCACUAACGGCACCGAGUGCGUGAUGCUUAGCAAGCUCCAUUUGUCACCCGGAUGGUGUUCUCGAUAGCGCCAUAUGACGAAAUCCGUUCCCUUUUGUCAGCAACCAGGACUUUUGCGCCAAUUCGAAUGACUUCAAAAAGUGGUUUGGGCGCCUUGAACCAAGAAUCGGCAAAAUCACCAACGUCUCCACUUCCCAAAACCCUACUUUGACGACGAGCCCCUGAUACCGGCAGCCAGCAGCAAGACAACAAUCACAGAAUAUAUACAAAAUGGGUUCUACCGACGCCAAGCUCAUCCUGUACACCAACCACAGAUGCCCAUGGGCACACCGGGCUCACAUCAUCUUGGAGGAGCUCAAGGUUCCCUUUGAAGAAGUCAUCAUCGACCUUGACACCCCUCGCACACCAGAGUACUUGAAGAUCAACCCGAGAGGCCUGGUCCCUGCACUCUCUUACAACGGCGAGAUCAUCAUCGAGUCUGCCAUUGUCGCGAACUUCCUGGCGGACGCCUACCCAUCUCAUCUCCUGCCGCCCUCCAACACACCCGAGGGUGCGCUGCGCCGUGCACGUGUUGCAUUAUUUGUAGACGCCUUCAUCUCUAAGUUCAACAGCCAGCUGUUUGCCCUCUACACGGCGGAGGGCGAGGCUGCGAGAGCCGAGAUCGCAGACAAGGCCGUCGCCGCCCUUGUGAAGGAAGUUGAGCCGUUGCUUGCAGACGCCAGCCCUUAUUUCGGUGGCAGUGACAAGCUCACACAGGCUGAGGUUUUGACUGGGUCAUUCGUCAUCCGUCACAAGAGCUUGUCCAAGACGGAUCUCUACCCCUCCAACCUGUGGCCAUCGAUUGUCGAGAAGGCUCCCAACUUUGCCAAAUGGGCCGAAGUUGUCGCUGUACACCCGAGCGUGACUUCCAUCUUUAAGGAGCAAGAGAUCAUUGACGGGACCCGGGCCAGGAUUGCGAAGCUCAAGGCUCAGAAGCAACAGUAA